AUGGGCAAUUACUUUUCCCUGUGCCCUCAAGCUGUUCAUGGUCUCCUUAGCUUCAACGGUAUAGGUGCGUUCUCGAGUGCACAUCCAACUGGGGUGGUCGUUAGAGGCGUGGACUAUUCAGCGGUGAAAUUGAUCGGCGAGGGAGGAUACGCUUUCGUGUACGAAGGAUAUAACAAUGCCACUGGUCAACGGGUUGCUUUGAAGCGCUAUGUAUUCACGGAAACGCAGCAGCAGCAGGUAGUUGUGAAUGAGAUGAACAUUUACCGUGAUGUCUGUCCCAAUGACUAUAUAGUGACGUACCUUGACUCUGAAAUGCUUUAUCGGCCCGGGCUACCGUUGCCAGAGAUGUGGGUCGUGAUGGAGUUCUGUGACGGUCCUUCCUUGCAGGAGUACAUUAAUAAUCGACUUCAGUCCCCUCACCCUUUCUCGGCGCGUGAGGUGUUUGAAAUUGUCGACAAUCUUCUUCAUGCAAUCGGUCACUUGCACUCACAAUCGCCGCCCGUUUCCCACUGGGACAUUAAGCCUGACAAUUUCUUGUUCACUGAGACUGGGCGGCUCAAACUCUGUGAUUUUGGAAGUGCAACGCGAAUGUUCUACGCACCCAAGUCAGUGGAAGAGGUGUCUGUUGCUGAGUCGGAGUUGGGUUCAAGGAUGACACUUCUCUACCGGCCGCCGGAGUCACUGGAUCUAUGGUCGAAGGACCGCGUCGACACCAAAGCUGACAUCUGGGCGCUUGGCGUCAUCAUUUAUGUGCUGGUGUUUCGCGAAAUGCCGUUUGAGGCAAAUUCGAUGGAGAUAAUGGCAGGAGUGCCGAAGAGAUACAAAGGCAACGCAGAGGACAGCUGUCCCGAGGACUUUAGACCGCUCAUGAACGUUGUGCGCACAAAGAUGCUCACAAAAAAACCCGCAGACCGUGCCGACAUCUUUAGCAUCUCUGAAGAGUUAGAAAGUAUUACACACUUACCGCCGCUAUCACGCCCACGGCCUGGGUUACAGAGUGCGCAACGAUCGCGCUUCGCCUAA